AUGGCUGUUGAUGCUUCGUUCUUGCUUGAGUUCCUUCAAAUCUUUCCGUUCAAACAAGGUAAGGAACCAACUAGAGUCUCAUCAAGAAUGUCACAUUUGGUUGAUGUUGCAGGAAGAAAGUCUGCACAUAAUGCUAUUCUCAGAGAUAUAGUGAUGCUAGAGAAUCAAAUUCCAUUAUUUCUACUGAGAAAGAUGUUAGAAAUUCAAUUUUCAUCAAUGGAAUUAGCAAACAACAUGCUGGUUUCAAUGUUAAUGGGUUUAUGUGAAGAGCUUUCUCCAUUCAAAUUCAUGGAAGAAGAACACCCAAAUCUUCAAAUUUCAAAGCGUGCUCAUUUGCUUGAUGUUUUGUACCAUGUAUUCAUGCCGGAAUUCGAGGAACCAACAGAAAUAACUGAAGCCGAGGAAGAGAGAGGAAAGGAAGGUGAAGAUCACGGCGCACUACGUUCCAUCAAGAGAUUAUUAUUUGCAAGACCUAUUAAAGUCAUAUUAAAACUACCAUGGACAAUUGUUUCUAAGCUUCCUGUAUUCAAAGUCUUGAAACAAGGUUCUGAAUACUUCUGCUUCCCCCAUGAUAAAGAAAACAUUAAGCCAGAAAAUGAGAAUUCUAGUGACAAACCCCCGUUGGUUGAGGAGAUUUCAAUCCCUUCUGUCACAAAACUCUCCGAAGUUGGUGUGAAAUUUUCAUCCACUAAUGGUGGCACUUUAAAUUUUGGAUUUGAUUGUAAAACUGUUACAUUAUACCUACCCACCAUUAGUUUAGAUGUAAACACAGAAGUGACCUUAAGGAACUUGGUUGCUUACGAAUCCUGCAAUGCAUCUGGGCCCUUGGUUUUGACUCGUUACACAGAAUUAAUGAAUGGGAUUAUUGAUACGGCUGAGGAUGCCAAGUUGCUGAGAGAGAGAGGGAUUAUAGUGAACCGAUUGAAGAAUGAUAAAGAUGUGGCUAACAUGUGGAAUGGGAUGAGUAGGUCUGUGAAGUUGACAAAAGUGCCCUUCUUGGACAAAGUGAUCCAAGAUGUGAACAAGUAUUAUGACAGUUGA